CGAGGCCUUGGCUCUCGCGCGCAAGUGGGCGUGGGGAAGCAGGUGCGGGGCUGGGCGAAGGUCCUAGGGCUUCUGGACCUGACUCACAAGAAAUCAACUCUGCAGACCCUGUUACGCCAGGAACCAAGAUGGAGAGUAGGUGCUACGGCUGCGCUGUCAAGUUCACCAUCUUCAAAAAGGAGUACGGCUGUAAGAACUGUGGCCGGGCAUUCUGUUCCGGCUGCCUUAGCUUCAGUGCAGUGGUGCCCCGGGCUGGAAACAUGCAACAGAAAGUCUGCAAGCAGUGCCAUGAGGUCCUGACCAGAGGAUCUUCUCCUGCCAAUGCCUCCAAGUGGUCACCACCUCAGAACUAUAAGAAGCGUGUGGCAGCCUUGGAAGCCAAGCAGAAGCCCAGCACUCCCCAGAGCCAUGGACUGACCCAGCAAGACCAAGUCAUUGCUGAGCGCCUAGCACGGCUCCGUCGGGAGAACAAGCCCAAGUCAGUGCCCUCGCAGGCAGAGAUAGAAGCCAGGCUAGCUGCACUGAGGGAUGAAUCCCAGGGUUCCAUCCCUGCCAUCCGGGAGAUGGAAGCACGGCUUGCUGCACUGCAGGAUAGAGUUCCAUCUUCUCAGACCCCUCAGUGGGCACAUCAGCCACCAGACACUAGGACCCAGGCCCAGCAGGCACAGGAUCUGCUGACACAGUUAGCAGCGGAGGUGGCUAUUGAUGAGCACUGGGAACGAGGAAGCCCAGCUGCCUCUACCCAGAAUGACCUCAACCAGGGGGGCCCAAGGGCUCAGAGUGCCAGUUCUGAGGGGCAAGCCACCGGGUCCCUGGAGGAGAAGAAGAGCAGGCUUCUAGCUGAGGCAGCAGUCGAACUUCGGGAGGAGAACACAAGGCAGGAGCGGAUCUUGGCCCUCGCCAAGCGCCUGGCUGUGCUUCGAGGAGAGGACCCAGAUAAAGUGACCCUCCAGGACUAUCGCCUUCCGGACAGUGAUGAUGAAGAGGAUGAGGAGACAGCCAUCCAGAGAGUCCUUCGGCAGCUCACUGAAGAAGCUGCCUUGGAUGAGGCAAGUGGCUUUAACAUCCCUGCAGAGCCAAAUCUCCAACCCCAAGCCCAAUCCAGCAGGGUAGAGCCUAAGGCCCAGGCCAUGGCCCCCAGGCCUGAGGCUGAGGAAGAGGAGCUCCCCUGGUGCUGUAUCUGCAAUGAGGAUGCCACUCUGCGCUGUGCUGGCUGUGAUGGAGACCUCUACUGUGUUCGCUGCUUCCGGGAAGGCCACGAUGCUUUUGAACUUAAAGAGCACCAGACAUCUGCCUACCACCCCUUGCACAAAGGGCGAGAGCACUGAGGGAACCCUGGUCCUCCCGGGAAGGCCAUCCUACAGGCAGUCACACAGGCCGGGGCACCCACCAGCGCAUCUGAUGGGAGAGUACAUCAGGCUAGACUGCUUACCGGGAGUUCCCUGGUGGCUCAGCAGAUUAAGGAUCCAGUGUUUUCACUGCUGUGGCUUGGGUCACUACUGUGUUGUGGGUUUGAUCCCUGGUCCUGGAACUUCCGCAUGCCAAGAAUGCAGCCAAAAAAAAAAAAAAAAAAGAGCUAGACUGCUUGUGAAUGUGUCCUUUCCUGAGCCUCUGUGUCCCUUGAAAGAGGAAGGACUCUCCAUUCAACAGUGACUAGAGAAGCCAGAGGAAAGCAAGAAGUCGGGAGCUUUCCAGCAUUGACAUCUGGACUGGGAGUGAGAGGCAUGCUGGGAGGAGACCAAGCUGAAUCUAAGGAGGAGCCCUGAAACUUGCUCAAGGGCCCAGGGCUCUCUGCUGGCACUUAGGGGAUCUAAUAAAGUAUGUUGAUUCCUUGGA